CACUUUCGCUUUCUCUCACUCUUCGCCCCUCCACUUUCUUACUUACUCCCCCUCCCUCACUCCCUCAUUCCCUUUCCUCAUCCCUCUCCUCAUCCCUUCUCAUCAGCCCAGCAAACGCCCUCAUCCGCCUGUUCGUUGCUCCUUCUCUCUUUCCUCCGACCAUCCCCCCUCCCCCUCCCAAUGAGGUCCCUCCUCUGGUCGUCCCUGGUCCUGGGGCUGUCCUCUGCCCUCCAGCUCGCCCUGGCCAAGAGUCGCUCCGGCAUCACCGACAUCCAGAUCACAGCCUGCCCAGCAGACAACUGUCGUCUCCCGGGGUACAGAAAGGUCCCUCAGGAUCUGAACAGAUACUCGCGCGGCAGCUUUGUGCAUCUGCACUUCACAGACCUUGGCGAGGAUCAUGGUCCUGAACACGAGUUUGUCGACUGUCAUGGGGUGAUAAGGCGCACUGCUGCGCAUGAUACCGCUAUCAAGAGCAACAACAACAACACACACGAGCCCGCCCGCCCUCGUAGACAUCCCAUUACACAAAUUGCAGUCCGCCAAGGCCAGGAUGCAGUUAUGGAUGAAGAUGGCUGGGAAAGAGUCAAGGGCAACCUGAAUGACGGUAACCGCGGCCCCGUGUUGACCAUGUUUGUGAGACGAGAUCCCGAACAGGCGCCUAUCGACAGCAUUGUAGUCAAGUACGGAUAUGAUAGCCAUGCUGCGAUCGGAUACGACCGCCUUCCAAUGGAUUUGAAUGUUGGCACGGGCGGUCAAUGGGUCUAUCUGUACUACAAACGAGCUGGGCGACGAGAGCCUAUCACACACAUCGCCACCAAAGCAUGCGCCCUACCACCGUGCACUAUGGACGAUUCCUGGACCCGUGUCAACCGGCCCAUUAUGACCGGUACCCUGAAACGAUACCUCUAUCUCUUCUACAAGUCCGUGCCUGGAGAGCGUCCCAUCACUAGACUCAACCUCAGUCUGAACGAACACAGCGGCAACAACGAUGAUACAGACUACGGAACCAUCAACACAGGCGUGCGAUACAAGAACAACAACGUCUAUGUUGCCUAUAAACGAGGUCGGGUCGGAGACCAAAGGCAUGCAAUCGACAAUAUCGCGAUCGAAAUUGGAUCCAAUCCAGUGCCACACAGCUGGAAUGUCGCCGCAUUUGAUGAACAUGGGACCGACCAGGAUGUGCCGGAUUGGAACGCACAGAUCAUCUAUAGGUCCGGCGAUAAGACUGUACCGGAGGCGCCAACGCUUCGAUUCAAGGAAGAUGGUUCGUUCAAGAUUGUGCAGUUCGCAGAUAUCCACAUGGCAACAGGGGUUCACUCGUGCCAUAAUGCUCCCAACACGAUGGACUGCACAGGAGAUAUCAACACUAUGGAAAUGAUGGAGAGAAUGCUCGACUCGGAAAGACCGGACCUCGUGGUCUAUUCCGGCGAUAAUGUCGAUGGAUUGACAUCCAAUGACGCCUUCUCGACGAUUCUAAAGUACUCAAGGCCGGUUAUUGAACGUGGAAUUCCAUGGACUAUUAUCUUUGGAAAUCACGAUGAAGAAGGCGACCUUACACGAGAGGAAAUGAUUACCUCUGCACAGGAUUUGCCAUACUCAUUGUCGCAGCGAGGACCUCUCGACAUCUCGGGCACUGGCAACUAUUUCUUGAACAUUCACAGGCAUAAACGCAGACGGGGCCGUGGCCGUAGUCAUGGACAUGUCGACCAGCCAGAGAUUUGGAGCGAUGACCAGGAAGACAUCGAUGAUGACGAGACGGAAGAUCAUCUUCAGAGCGAUAAAAGCCGCUUUACCCUCUACUUCUUGGAUUCUGGUGCCUACAGCUUCAACUUGGAGUACCCAGGAUGGGAUUGGAUCAAAGACGACCAAGUCGAAUGGUUUCGCCAGACCUCUAGGGCCAUCACCUCGCAAUAUUCUAGGGAGAAUAUCCCGAACGCGCUAGCGUUCUUCCAUAUCCCGAUUCCAGAGUAUGCUUUGGUCGAGGAUGCUGAAGAUGAUGACCAGGAUGAGGACAUGGAUAUGACCCAAGGAAGCAGCCACAUAGUCGGCGACAAGAACGAGGGAGUCAGCGCUCCGAAAUAUAACUCUGGGAUGUUUGACGCAAUCUUUGAGAGCAAGGACGUCAGAGCCACUACAGCUGGUCAUGACCAUCUCAAUGACUAUUGCUUGGACCACCGAGGUAUCAACCUUUGUUACGGAGGUGGACUUGGCUAUGGCUCCUACGGCAAUGCUGAUGUGCCCAGGCGCUCUCGAGUCUUUGAGAUCAGGGAUAACGGAAACAGGGUCGACACGUGGAAACGUCUUGACAAUGACGAGAUGAACUUGGUGGGACAGCAGACGCUCUUUGUGGGAACCAAGAGUUCGUCGCAAUCGCGUCCAGGCGAUCGACAGAGAAAGGGCAAACACGACUCGAGGCCUGCUCGAGUGUCCGACGAUCUCUUUGAAAGACUCCGACAGGGAACUCAGUACAUCAUGGAUGGACUUGGGGCCUAGUAGGAUAGUAAGAUUGAAAAAAGUCAAAGAAAAAAAAACACAGCUUGUUGGCAUGGCGUGUAUCUGUAGUCUAUCAAUAUCUUUAUCAUGUAAAUAAACUUUGGGA